AUGCCGUCCAGCUACUGCAGGUCCAAUGCCCUACUUUUGCACCGCUCGGCCAACAAGGACAUCAGAAGAAGAUGCCAGAGGAGGUCUUGCGAGAAAAGAGGCAGCGCCUCUACAAGACGCAGCCGUGUGCGAAUUAUGCAGCGGGACAUUGCAGUUUCGGCCACAAGUGCCACUUCGCACAUGGAGAACAUGAGCUGCGUCUUCCCGGCAAAAUUGAAGGCAGCCCUUCCACGUCGAUUUCCAGCUGGAAUGUGGAAAGAAACGACGGAUCCUGGGAAGAGAGGAGCCAAUGGCCGGAGUCCAGAAAGUGGGGAGACGCUGUCGCCAGCGGCUGGAGGUGGGGUGAGCAGGAGUGGCAGCAGGCAUGCCGCUGCGCUUGCUUUUGCGGAUAUUUCAUCGCAGUCUCCGGCAGUUUUGGGGCUCUUUUUGGAGCUUAGGACUGGCAAGAUGGCGCAGAUUGGUCUUGGUCCGCUGGCUGGGACGGCUGGGACGGCAGCUCGGAGGCGAGAGGCUGGAAGCGGGAAGGCUGGCAGUCGGACUGGCAAGAUGGUCGAGAUGGCCAGUGGGAGAGCGACGCCGGAGCGGGAAGCGAUGCUGGCACUGGUAAAAAUGUGGGGCAGGUCGAUUGUGGUAAGCCAGAUGCUCCGCGUAUUCAACAGACCGACGGAAGCGAGGAAUCACGAAGCGAUGUGCUCCAUCAAGUCGAAAGACCAACUGGACACUUGCGAGGCAGCCGUGAACACCAGCGCGACGACCGGAACCAAGAAUUUGGCCGAGGCGCUCGAAGUUUGA